AUGCGACUUGCCGCCAUGGAGACCUCCCCUCACCUAAAACUCGUCUGGCUCGCUCUCCUGCUAGCCUUGUUUCCCCAGGCCAUGGCAGCACCACCACCUUCCCUCCUAGAAGAACAGGCGGGAGCCCUCCUCGCGUGGAAAGCUACCUUACACAACCCCCCAGCCCAGCUCCGAUCCUGGGGAAACACCACAACCCAGCCAUGUGGCUGGUACGGCAUCAAGUGUGGCGAGCAUCAAGCAAGCAUCACCCAGAUCUCUCUGCAGGGGUUGCGGCUGAGAGCGGAGCUGGAGGCCCUCAACUUCACGGCGUUGAGUACUCUUACGAGUAUCCGACUCUCCUACAACCAGAUAAGGGGCUCCUUUCCACCAGCUUUAGCAUCAUCUUUGCCGAACCUGCGGCACCUACUGCUCCAGGAGAAUGAAAUCUCCGGUGAAAUACCGAGGCAAAUAGAACAACUAGAGAGUCUCGUGGGGCUGAACUUAUCAAACAACCACUUGUCUGGUCCCAUCCCCACUGAACUAGGGUACCUAAAGAAGCUGAAAAUGUUAGAUUUUUCCAACAACAACCUCAUAGGCCUCGUUCCAAGAAAUCUAUGGAAUGUGACCAAACUCACUUUCCUGUACCUUCAAACUAAUCAGUUAUCCGGAUAUCUUCCUCGAGAACUAGGUUACCUAGUGAAUCUAAGACGCUUGGCUCUUAACAACAACAAACUCAUAGGUUUCAUCCCCGAUACCUUUGGGAGUUUGAAUAACCUCAUUGGCUUGUAUCUAUGGGGUAACCAACUUUCUGGCCAUAUUCCUCGAGAACUAGGUUACAUGGUGAAUUUACAAGAGCUGACUAUUAACGAAAACAAACUCAUGGGUUCCAUCCCUAAUUCCUUUGGAAAUUUGACCAAACUCACUACCUUAUACCUAUAUGAUAACCAACUAUCAGGACAAGUUCCUCAAGAACUAGGUUCCUUGGUGAACCUAGAAGAUUUGGAACUUAGCGAAAACAAACUCAUGGGAUCCAUCCCCAAUGCCUUUGGAAAUUUGACCAAGCUCACUACCUUAUACCUUGAUACUAAUCAUUUCUCCGGACAUGUUCCACGAGAACUAGAUUCACUUGUGAAUCUAGAAGACUUGGAACUUAGAGAAAACAAACUCAUAGGUUCCAUCCCCAACACCUUUGGAAAUUUGACGAAGCUCACUACCUUGUACCUACAUGAUAACCAACUCACCGGACAUGUUCCUAGAGAACUAGGCUUCCUGGUGAAUCUAGAAGACUUGGAACUUAGUGAAAACAAACUCAUGGGUUCCAUCCCCAAUACCUUUGGAAAUUUGACCAAGCUCACUACCUUGUACCUACAUGAUAACCAACUCUCUGGACAUGUUCCACGAGAUCUAGGUUCCCUUGUGAAUCUGGAAGACUUGGAACUUAAUGAAAACAAACUCGUGGGCUCCAUCCCUAAUACCUUUGGAAAUUUAACCAAGCUCACUACCUUACACCUCGAUGGCAAUCAAUUCUCCGGACAUGUUCCACGGGAAAUUGGCAGCUUAAUUGGACUCAAAGAUUUAGAGUUUGAUGUUAACAAUCUCUCUGGUCCCUUGCCAGUUAACUUGUGUGCUAGUGGCAUGCUGGAGAGAUUAACUGCAUCUGACAACAAUCUCAAUGGACCUCUGCCAUCAAGUUUGGUAAACUGCAGAAGCCUAGUCCGUGUUCGCCUUGAAAGGAAUCAAAUCAAAGGAGAUAUUUCUGAUAUGGGAGUUUAUCCAAAUCUGGUAUACAUGGAUAUGAGCUCAAAUAAUUUUUUUGGUCAAUUAUCUUAUAAGUGGGGUGAAUGUCAUAAUCUUACAAUGCUACGCUUCUCAAACAACAACCUUACGGGAGAAAUACCCGCAAGUAUGGGGCGACUAUCAAACCUAGAGCUACUUGAUCUUUCAUCGAACAAGCUUGAAGGAGAGAUUCCAAGCGCACUAGGAAAUUUAAAAAAUUUGUUCAACCUAAGCCUCGCUGACAAUUUGCUCCAUGGAAGCAUUCCAAAACAAAUUGGAGCGCUAUCCAAUCUAGAGUUGUUAGAUUUCUCAUCAAAUAACCUGAAUGGUUCGAUACAAGAUUCAAUCGAGCAUUGUCUGAAGCUUCACCUUCUAAAGUUGAAUCACAAUAACUUCAGAGGAAACAUCCCUGACGAGGUAGGGUUAUUGCACAACUUACAUGGCCUAUUGGAUUUAAGCGAUAAUUCUUUUACUGGGGCAAUACCAAGCCAACUUAGUGGUAUGUUGAUGCUAGAUAUUAUGAAUCUUUCACACAAUGAACUUAAUGGCUCCAUCCCGUCAUCAUUCCGGAUUAUGGAAAGUUUGACAUCCAUUGAUGUAUCUUACAAUGAACUGGAAGGGCCAGUCCCGGAGAGUAAGCUCUUCCAAGGAGCUCCAAUCCAGUGGUUCAUGCAUAAUAAGAUAUUAUGUGACGUGGUGAAAGGAUUGCCCCCUUGUAGUAGUGCAACUAGGAGGAGAGAGGAAAAGAAAGGGUACAAAAUACUUGUACUAGCCAUCGUUCCUGCUCUGAUGUCUCUUGUUCUUGUUGCGUUGAUUUUGAUGUUUUGGCAUGAAAAGAAGAAAAUCAAGGACACUAACACCGACAAAGUAACACAAGCAGCUGCCUUCUCUAUUUGGAGUUUUGAUGGGGGAAAUUUGUUCAAGCAAAUCGUUGAAGCAACCAACGAUUUUAGCGAGAUGCAUUGCAUAGGGACUGGGGGAUAUGGAUCUGUCUACAAAGCUAGACUUGCAACUUGUGAAAUAUUUGCAGUGAAGAAGAUACAUAUGAUAGAAGAUGAGUGUUGCAUGAAUGAGCUAGUGUUCAAGCGUGAAAUCGAGGCAUUGGUGCAAAUUCGUCAUCGAAACAUCGUAAGACUAUUUGGGUAUUGUUCCUCUAGCCAAGGCAGGUUCCUUAUAUAUGAAUAUAUGGAGAAAGGAGACUUGGCAAAAACACUAAAGGAUGAAGAAAGGGCAAUUGAACUGGAUUGGAGAAGGCGGAUACAUAUCAUGAUCGACCUUGUUCAUGCUUUGGCAUACAUGCAUCAUGAUUGUUCAUCACCAAUAGUACAUCGAGAUAUAACAAGCAGCAACAUUUUGCUUGAUAUAGAAUUUAGAGCUUGCAUCUCUGACUUUGGCACGGCCAAAAUUCUCGAUAUGUAUGGCCAGAAUCUCACAAGGCUUGCCGGGACGAAGGGCUAUCUUGCCCCAGAACUAGCAUAUACAGAAAAUGUGACGGAGAAAUGUGAUAUAUACAGCUUCGGAGUGCUUGUUUUGGAGCUAUUUAUGGGAUCCCAUCCAGGCGAUUUGCUCUCAUCCCUCUCGUUGGCCACCAAAAGCAAUGUUGUGUGCCUACAGGAUCUGCUGGACUCCAGGCUCGUGCUACCAGAUGCUGAAACCACUAGAAAAAUAUACUAUAUGUUCAACAUUGCAGUUCAGUGCCUAGAGCCAAGUCCGUCACGCAGGCCAACGGCACGACGUGCCAGCGACGAGCUAUCCACAAUUAAAGCUUCUGAAGAUCAUGUCGAUUAUUUGCAGGCUGGCAUCACCUUUCCUGCACUGUAG